UUUAUCUAUAGAUCUAAUGUCAAGAAUCUAAUAAUUCAAUAUUGUGGUGAUUGUUAAACUGUUUUGAAGAGGCGUUUUUUUUGGGGCACAUUUUUCCCAACAAAGGGAGGAUAAUAUACUGCGCACGGCGGGUAUCAACUGCGCAAGCGUAUUGGAUUUUGUGGCUGCAAAUGGUAGCCCAGAUUGUUUGGGAACGCUUCAACUGGAUCCGCUAUCCUUUGGAUUUGCUAUCCAUAUUAAGGUUUUCCGUAACCGUACUAACCGUUGCUGUUUUGUAAUUGUGUUGUUAAUAAGUUGCAGCCUUGAGAUGAGUAGGCUAGGCUAUGUAAACAUUCAGAACACUAUUGUGUCUUUCCGUCAGUGUCAGUGUUAGUGUUUGCGCUUCAUUUAUGGCUUUGCCCUGAGAAAAUAUGGAUUCCGAUGACGAUAAGAGAGAUGGGAGGCCAGAGAUCGAGAUGCUUCACAUGGAGAGGCAACGAAAGCAGCGUUUCAAUGAAGAAGAGCUCCAAAUACUGGUGCGUGAAGUGCAAGCUCGACGACCUUGCCCUGGCUACACCCGUGUUGCGCAGGCCGCGUGGGAAGAUAUCGCAGCAAAGGUGAGCGCUUCUUCGUUUGGAUGCCUCAGAACCGGAAUGCAAUGCAAAAAGCGAUACAAUGACCUGAUGCGCAGACAACCCUGUUAUAUCAAGAAGGGUCCUAGGGCAAAGAGGAACCGAGUGACCAGGCAGACGGAAGCAAAACUUCACCAUCCAACAGAAGCAAAACUUCAUCCAACAGAAGCAAAACCUCACCAUCCAACAGAAGAGGAGGAGCCUUUCCUCUCAGUCAAAACAGAAAGUUUUAAAUGUGAGUUUGUGGAUGGAGAAGGACCCAUUGCAUUAGAAGAGUUUCAGAACGAAGUUGGUUCCCAAUACCUUUGGGUGGAGCUGGACAGUCCCUCGACUAACCAGACUCUGGACGCUGCAACAUCGUCUGAGGCCAGCAGAGUCCAUCCACCCCAGACACCCACGCCUGUCACUUCACCCAGGCCCUCUUUACCCCAAACCAACCUCCAACCCCGGGUGAACAUAGUCAGAUUGAACCUUGAAACUGGUACCCAGGUCAGUACACCUCAAGUGACUGGAACCGUCCACAUCCCUCAGUCUCAGGGCACCCUACAACCCCAAACCAAUACACGGCCAGUCACUGUUCAACCCCAGGCUGAUGGAUUUCACCAAGGUAAUGCUCCAUUCCACGUAAACAUACCCCAAGUAGUGCAACUGCCACAGCAGGCUACUCUACCCCAAGCCAACCUAUCACAGGCCUAUACACCCCAAGCUAACCAAUCACAGACCUAUAUACCCCAAGCCUACCUAUCACAGGCCUAUACACCCCAAGCAAACCAAUCACAGGCCUAUAUGUCCCAGGCAAAUGUGCAGCCUCAGACUAACAUACCCCAAGUGAACCAAGCUACGGUCCACAUCCCUUUGAUUGAGGUCCAACCACACAUGCAGGUCCAGCUACCUCCUCAGGACCUGGCAGCACUGGUCCAGGUGCAUCGCCAAGGUUACGACAUGUUACAGAGGGAUCUGGUCAGUAUGAGGAGCAGCAUGGAGAGAGUGCUGCAGCCCCUGCUGUCAUCCAUCAACAACAACCUGGAGAGACUGGUUAACGCUGUUGAACACCUCUCUGGGGUUGAGAACACACCUCAGACCAACGGUGUUGUCCAUGCUUAUCAUGAUUCUCCCCCCUGACUGACCUUGUUAGGUUAUGUUCACCAUCUAUCUGAGAGGGGGACAGGAUGUGUUCAGGUGGAUGCAGAGUACCUGUUUUAAAGAUUCUAUAUGCUAUUUCAAAUGUCUACCAUCCUGGUAGAGAUGGACUAAAAACAUUUAGUAAAGUUCUGUGCAGUGAAUGUAACUCUAGGAAUCUUUGUGCUGUACAUGCAGUGGAAUGCAGUUCCAUUUUGUUAUCAGAUAUGUUUUUAUUUGUCGAUGUCUUUAAAUAAUGUAUGCUCCUUUUUUCUCAUUAAUCUUUUUUUGGUUCAAGGUGCCUAAGCCUCUAUGGACCUGUUGAGUUCCAAAUAAAAUAUAUUUUCCAAAAAGU